AUGGGGAAAAAUGUCUCUCUUGCGUUUAUGAAGAAGAAGAUGGAGAAUUUGUGGGCACAGCAAGGUAAGGUCUUUGUCACUGACCUUGAAAAUGAUUAUUUUUUAGUUCGUUUCUCAGAUAAAAAAGACAUGGAUUUUGCUCUUACAGCAGAAUAUGUUAAUACUUCAUUGAUUAAGAAUAUUGGGAAUUGGCUGGGAAAGUUCGUGAGAAUUGAUGCUGCCACUACUUCAUUAGCUAGAGGCCGUUUUGCAAGAAUGUGUGUGGAGUUAAAUCUGACUCAGCCUCUUCAAGUGGAGUAUAAGGUUGAGGGUAGAUUGAAAAGGGUAGAAUACGAGGAGCUGUAUCUCAUUUGUUACGGUUGUGGAAGAUAUGGUCACAGGUUGGAAAAUUGCCCGAAUAAAAUUUGUGGAGUUCCUGAUCUGACAAAUUCUGUAAUGGAAAAGGACUUGACUAGUCAGGAAACUGUUGUGGGAGAUGUUUCAGUUGCGGGUGUGGAGACUUCUAAAUUUGGCCCUUGGAUGCAGGCAGAGAAACAGGAUAAUACAGGGGGUGAGAACAUGAAUAAGGUGUCAAGUCUGAGGUCCCUUCAAUCCAAAGAUAAGAAGAAUGUGCCUGCUGCUGUUGAAAUGGUGGAAACUUCAUCACAAUUUAUCCUGGUGGGCAACCAAAUAGAAAACAGCAGGAUAAGCCAGGAGCUGAAGAAGGGACAUCAUAGUCAGGAGUUAGUGAGUGAGAAAAGAUCUGAAAAGAAGAAUCAGCUGAGGUUGUCAAAGGAGAAUGGAGAAGCUAAUUGUGCUGAGAUGGUAAAUACUAACAGUACAGAAUAUCAUGGAAUGACUAAUAUGACCCCUGUCAUUCCGAAUCAUGAGUCUAAUGUUCAUGUUGUGAGAGGUGUGACUGGUCAACUGGAUCCUAAACCUCCUGACCCGAUGAUGGAGGAUUGUGAACAGGAUGCUGAUGCAAAAGAUAUGGAGGUUUUAGGUGCUAAUGACAACAACAUGUUGGGAGGGAAUGAAAAACAGGGAUUAGGGGCUGCUCGACGAGAGUUUGGUAAUGCCCUUAAAACUCUGGUUAAGAAGAAUAUGGUGGAUGUGGCUGUAGUGCUUGAACCUAGGACUCAAAGUGGGAUUUGUAAAAAUAUUAUGAAGAAAGUAGGGUUUGACAGUUUUGUAGUGGAAGAAGCUCAAGGUUUUGCUGGUGGAAUUUGGAUCAUGUGGCAUAGUGAGAAGUGUGCGAGAUUUGCUUCAGUGCUGGAAGACUGUAAGGUGGCUGAUAUGGGUUGUGAUGGCCCUUUCUUUACGUGGCAAGGUCCUAAGUGGACUAAUUUGAAGAGAGUUUACAAGAGGCUUGAUAGAGCUGUUGCUAAUGUAGAGUGGAGAAUGUUAUUUGAUGGAGCAAGAGUGUCUUCUCUGCCUAGACUCUUAUCAGAUCACAAUCCAAUCCUUAUCAAGCUUUUUGAAGACCAGAGUAGUGAUAAAAAGAAGCCAUUUAGAUUCUUUGCUGCAUGGCAAGAACAUCAAAAUUUUGUUGAGUUUCUUAACUCAAAUUGGGAUCUGAAUUUUGACCUCCCUUAUAUGCUUCAUAGUUUGAUUCCUGAAAUCAAUGUGUGGAACAGAAGAGUCUUUAGUAAUAUUGAUAGGAAGAAAAAUUGGCUUAUCAAGAGGAUUGCUUAUAUUCAGGGUAGAAGGGAAGCUAAUGAUUCAGAUCACUUGCAUGCUAUGGAGAAAGAUUGUCAAGAGCAGUUUGGAAAGGUCCUUCUUGAAGAGGAGUUGUUUUGGUUUCAGAAAUCAAGACAGAAGUGGAUCACUGAUGGUGACAGAAAUACCAAGUUCUAUCAUCUUAGCACAGUGGUGAGGAGAAGCACUAAUAAAAUCUUUAAGUUAAAAAGUGAGGGUGAUGCUUGGGUAACAAAUGCUGCUGACCUGAAAGAGAUGGCGGUGAACUAUUUUAAGGAUCUGUUCAAUGAGGAUUUUUUGGAUAGAAGGUGGAUCAGUUCUGAAAAUCUCUGGCCUAAACUUUCGGUUUUGGAGAAAAAUGAUCUGGAGAGGUGUCCUAAUGACCUUGAAAUUAAACAAGCUUUGUUUAAUAUUGGUGCUUUAAAGGCACCGGGCAUAGAUGGUUAUCCAACAAUUUUCUUCCAAAAAAACUGGGAUCUGAUUAAAAAGCAAGUAUGCUCUCUGAUCUAUCAGAUUUGGGAUUAUCCAAAUAUUCUAGCUUCAAUUAAUUCUACACUUUUGGUUCUCAUUCCAAAGGUGCAGAAUCCGAUUCAUAUUAGCCAGUUUAGACCUAUCUCACUAUGCCCAGUGGUGUAUAAAAUAGUCAGUAAAAUUAUUGUCAGCAGGCUUAAAAUAAUUAUGGAUAAGGUGGUGUCUCCUGCCCAGUCUAGUUUUGUGCCUAGUCGUCAUAUUCAGGAUAACAUUAUUGUGGUUCAAGAGUUAGAUCAUUCUAUGAGGAAUAUGAGAGUAUAUGGUAAUUUGUGGCACCCUAUCAAAGCAGGUAAAGGGGGUCCGAAAGUUUCACAUUUAUUAUUUGAUGAUGAUUUAAUGCUCUUCUUAGAAGCUAGUGAGGAUCAGAUGCACAUCCUUCUCCGCUGCUUGAACCUUGGUUUUAAGAGAGUGGCAAAUAUCGGCAAGUAUCUUGGAGCUUUAAUUCAGAAUGGUAGGGUUACGAAAUCCACUUUUGCUAGCAUGGUGGAUAGAGCAAAAGGAAGAUUGACUAGUUGGCAAGCUAAAACUUUGUCUCAAGCAGGUAGAAUUGUUUUAUCUCAAUCUGUCCUUUCUUCUUUACCUUACUAUCAUAUGCAGUAUGGUAUGCUACCGAAGGCUAACUGUAAUGAUUUGGAAAAACUUCAGAGGUCUUUCAUUUGGGGGGACUCGGCUGAUAAAAGACACAUGCAUCUUGUUGGUUGGGAUGCUAUAGCUAGACCAAAUAAUCAAGGUGGUUUGGGUAUUAAGAAGCUUACUGUGAUGAAUGAAGCGUUUAUUGGGAAAAUUGUUUGGACUUUUCUUACUGAUCAGGAUUGUCUUUGGGUUAAGGUGUUGCAAGCCAAAUAUGGAAAUGUUUUUAAUAGGCAGAAUGAUUUCAUUAGGAGGCCUGGUAACUCGAACCUUUGGAAAGCCAUGUGUGAUAUUUGGCACAAGUUACGUCCUAGACUGAUUUGGGACAUAAGUGAUGGUUCAACAAUUAAAUUCUGGGAGGAUAAUUGGGUGAAUCAUGAUAGCAAUUUGGCUAGCAAGGCUCUCAUCUAUCUUUCGGAUUCAGAGAAUGAGAGGACAAUUAAGGACUAUGUUACUGUAGAUGGGGUGUGGGACUAUGGAGCACUUUCAAAUAAGCUUCCAAAUAAUCUCAUUUAA